AUGGAGACUAUUGCACCCCCUCCCAAGCUAAGCCAUUUGUUUACCCUCCGUUGUGCGGUUGACCCGCCCAUGGAGAUUGGCAAAGGUCCUUAUGGGCGACGUCGAUGCGUACCGAUUGUGUCAGGCUCAGUAAGCGGGCCACAUUUCAAGGGUGAAGUUGUGCCUGGUGGGGCUGAUUUCAUGCUGGUGGAGGAUAAUCAGACAACACACGUCAACACCAGUUAUGUGAUCAAGAGCGACGACGGCGCAUUCCUUUAUAUUCGGACCGAGGGCACCCGCGCAGGGGCGCCCGAAGUGCUGCAGGCGCUCAUGGAAGGUGGCCCCGUUGAUCCCAGCAAGUAUUGGUUUCACCUCCACGUGAAGAUCGAGACGGGUGAUGAGAAAUAUAAGUGGAUGAACGAUCGGGUCAUCAUUGGAAGGGCAACUCGAGCAAAAGGUGAAGUGGCAUAUGAUGCAUACUUCUUGGAGAACUCUCCGUGA